AUGGCGCCCAUUACCAAAAUCGUCUCAUUGCUCAGCAGCGCAGCUCUUAUCAACGCUCUCGUUCUUCCAGAAAGCAUUCUCGACUUUCCUGUUGCGUAUGAUGCACAUGCAACUGUCUACGAUAAGAACAGCCCUCUUCCAAGCAUUUUUAAUCUCACCUCGUCCGGAAAGACUCGCAAAAUCACACAGUCAUCCGACGAUGAAGAUGAUACUCCGCUGCCCUUGAUUAUCUGGCAUGGCCUUGGUGAUAACUACAAGGCAGAGGGGCUUGCACAAGUUGGUGCAUUGGCCGAUGCUAUUCACCCUGGAACUUUUGUUUACAAUAUCCAUCUUGAUGAUGAUGCAUCCGCAGACAGAACGGCUACCUUCUUUGGAAAUCUCACUCUUCAAAUUGAGAAAGUCUGUGAAGACCUCGCCUCCCACCCUAUUCUUUCUACAGCUCCGGCCGUCGAUGCAAUCGGAUUUUCCCAAGGCGGCCAAUUCCUCCGCGGUUACAUCUCCCGCUGCAACGCACCUCCAAUUCGAUCGCUCCUAACCUUUGGCUCCCAACACAAUGGCAUUUCAUCCUUCCAAAGCUGCGCUCCCGCCGAUUUCCUCUGUCGCGGCGCUCAAACCCUUCUCCGCUCCAAUACCUGGUCGACCUUCGUCCAAUCCCGCCUCGUACCCGCCCAAUACUUCCGAGACCCCGAAAAUCUCGAACCUUACCUCGAGUCAUCCAACUUCCUCGCUGACAUCAACAACGAGCGCCUAUUGAAAAAUGAAACAUACAAAUCCAACAUGGAAAAACUAGAGCGAUUUGUAAUGUACGUCUUCGAAGACGACACAACUGUAAUCCCCAAGGAAAGCGGAUGGUGGGCUGAAGUUAAUGGAACGGAAAUCACACCACUGAAAGAAAGACCUAUUUAUAAAGAAGAUUGGAUAGGCUUGAAGACCCUAGAUGAGGCUGGAAAGUUAGUAUUCAAAACGAUUCCAGGAGGUCAUAUGACCUUGGGCGAGGACAUGUUGGAGAAGGCUUUCAAGGAGUACUUUGGUCCGGCAGGAAAGAAGUUUGGCAAGAAGGAAAUCGAGUGGACUGGACACGAGGAAGAAUUGUAA